AUGAAUAGUUCACAUAGUGAAGUACAUAUUGGUAAAAAUCCGAGUGAACUCUAUGAAUAUAGUAAAAAUAUUCGACCACCAGCAUAUGAAAUGUCUUGGUUUAAAUCAAUACCAGUAACAUCUCUAUCAUCUUCAUGGGAUCUUGAUUACUCAGCUAAUUGUUCAAAUCUUCUUUCCGGUUAUAUUCAUAUUAAUCAAAAUGAUUCAUUUAAACAAGAUUGUUUUUUAUCAUGUUCAUAUCUUUGUUUAUGUGUAAUUCAUAGUCAUGGUACAACAAAAAUAUUUGACGAAGAAUACAUUAAUUGGUUAAAAGGUGAUCUUCUUAUUAUUUCAUAUCAAAUACAACCAUUAGAACAUUUCACACAAGAUGAUACAGUAUUUCAUUAUGUACAUGAUGGAUCAUUACUUAAAUAUCUUUGA